AUGGCGAGAAGCCCUCUGACGAGAGCCAUCGGCGGUUCGGACCGCGAGAAACGCCUCGCCAAGGGCAACCUCGCGAGGUGGCUGCCAAACUCCGUCGCGGAGGCUGAGCGCAAGAUCGUCGACGGGUGGAUGAAACAGUUCGGCAAGGCUCAGGAGUUGCCCAGGCAGCGCGUCACCCAGUUCUCGCGUUGGUUCGACUCGUUUGAAGCCCCCGUCGCCGGAUCCGCGGGAGUUCCCGGGAGGAGGCACCUGAGUCCGACGUUUCGGAUGGGCGUGGAGGUUCCGGGGCAGUACGACGCGCUGAGGGGCCCGCCGGACGUCGCCACGCACGCGCAGAUCGUCGGCUUCGAGCCCGAGGUUGAUCUCUUCCGCUCAAAGCAGUUUCCAAAAAAGCUCGUCGCGCGGGGAAGCGACGGCCGCGAGUACCCCUUCGUCGCCAAGGGUUCCGAGGACCUGCGACAGGACGACAGGAUCGAACGCCUGUUCCGCGCCAUGGACGCGCUGCUACUCGCCCACCCGGGGUCGAGGCACAGGGGUUUGACGGUGCGAACCUUCCACGUCGCUCCUCUGUCCGCCAGGUGCGGUUUGCUGGAAUUCGUCGGGGGAACCACGCCGAUGCUCGAAGCCGUGCGCGGCUCGACCAAGGACGGUAACAACUGCGUGAAGGAGCACCAGUUCUGGAUCCGCGCGCAGGCCUCCGCCAAGGACAAAGACACCGGACAAGGGCAGGGACAAAAAGCGCAAAACGCGGGCGUCAUCGAUCCAACGACUGGCAUGUACAGGCGUCGUGUCGGCCUCGUGGGCGCCAGGUACGGCGCGCAGCCGGCCAACGGCAACGCGGAUUUCCUCGCGUCCAUGGCGCGGUGCCCGAGGGACGACGCGGCGUUCAUACUGUCGCACCUGGGGCGGAUAACCGCGGACGCGGGGGCGGCGGCGAUGGUUGGGGAGGGAGGCGGGUCCAUUUGGGACGGUGGCGGUUCGAGUUCCGCCCGUCCAAACGACGGUUCGGAUCCGAUCCGUCCGGCGCCCGCGGCGAGAAGGGCGCUGGCGGCGGCUGCGGGUUCCCCCGACGCUUUUCUCGCGAUGCGUCGAAGGUACGCGGCGACCCUCGCCGCUGCCAGCGUGUGCGGCUGGGUCGCCGGGGUGGGGGAUAGGCACCUGCAGAACGUGUUGGUGGACCUCAGGGACGGGUCGCUGGUUCACAUAGACUUUGGGUACGCGUUCGGCACGGCGACGGCGAUUCUGCCCAUCCCCGAGCUCACGCCGUUUCGGGCCACGCCGGCGAUGCUCGGGCCGCUCGCGCCCCACGACGCGAUCGAGACCCUUCGCGGCGACAUGGCCAAGGCGAUGCACGCGCUGCGCCGGGGGUCCGCGCUGUUACGCGGCGUCAUGGACGUUUUCCUGAGGGAGCCGCUCAUAGACUGGCAGCGGGAGGCGCGGUUGCAGUCGAUGAAAUCGGGCCGAGCCGCGGCGAAGGCGGAGUCAUCGUCCAUAGACGGCGGCGUCGGCGGCUCGUCAUCCGCCGCGGACCUCGGUCAUCAUCUCGGGGUUCAUCAUCUCGGGGGCCAGGUCGCGAUGGGUCUCAGCGGCGACGAGGCGAGGGUCGUGGAGCUGAAGGUGGCGCACGCCCACCACAAGCUCGAGCUCGGGAACCCGUGCCACGUCACCCUCGCGCAGUGCGCGCCCAAGCACGAGGGUCAGGCGCACUGGGCGGGGAUGCGCGACCUCGUCUUCGGCGGCACGGCUGGCGACGUGAGGGCGCGCGCGGGUGCGGUCUGCGCGUCGGUCGAGGAGCAGGUCGAGUGCCUGUUGGCGCUCGCGACCGACCCGGGGGUGCUCGCGAGCGGCUGGUCCGGGUGGAGGCCUUGGCUGUGA